UAUCUUUGUUUCUCUCAUCGUUGUUUAUCAUCAUGUCCGCUUUGAAAGGUGUUGUGUCAUUGUAUCAACUUUUGAAGACAGAAUGGACGAAGAAACCACCCAAAUUGGAGAAGUGUGGCGAAUUAUUAACAAAGUUGAAGGUGGGACUUACAAAUUUAAUGUUUUUGCCAACAUCAAAUACAACAGCACCGCAGCAGGAGCUGCUGAUAGCAAGAGAUAUUUUAGAAAUAGGAGCACAGUGGAGCAUAGCUGUGAAAGAUAUUCCAUCAUUUGAACGAUACAUGGCCCAGCUGAAAUGCUACUACCUUGAUUACAGGGAUCAGUUGCCAGAAUCUGCAUACAAGUAUCAACUUUUGGGCCUCAAUUUGUUGUUCCUUCUGUCCCAAAAUCGAGUAGCUGAAUUUCACACUGAACUAGAACUGCUUCCAGCUGAUCAGAUACAAAGCAAUGUGUACAUCCGGCACCCACUGUCUCUAGAGCAGUACCUUAUGGAAGGCAGUUACAAUAAGAUCUUUCUAGCCAAAGGUAAUGUUCCUGCUGAGAGCUACAACUUUUUCAUCGACAUUCUCUUAGAUACAAUACGCAACGAGAUUGCUGCUUGCCUGGAGAAGGCAUAUGAGAAAAUUUCUCUGAAUGAGGCUGCCAGAAUGUUGAACUUCCCAAACCAAACUGCAAUUAAGGAGUAUGGUGUUAAGAAAAAUUGGACUCUCGGAAGAGACAAUUACUAUUACUUCAGUACUGAAGAGAAGAAACGUGACGACACUUUGCCUUCCAGUGAACUUGCUGAACAAGCAAUUGAAUAUGCAAGGGAACUAGAGAUGAUUGUGUAACAGUGGUAACAAUGUCACAGUAAAUUAUUUCACUUCACAUUUUCAUUAACAUUGUGCAUUAUUUCUUGUUCUUGGGAAUAAUGUAUGCUCAAAACUUACUAGGGUGUAAGUGCAUAAGAUAUUAAUUUCAUACUAAUGUAUAUGAUUUUAGACAAAAUAUAAACAAACAUUUUUUUAA